AUGCUUCCGGUCUCGAAUCCCACCAGUCCUGAACGUCUCCUCAAGAAAUUGAGAACCCCGGACACCACCACCGACACUGAUCGGAAAAGCUCCUUCAACUCACUCAGCUCGAUCGGAAACUCUCCCGUUAACCGCUCUUCCUACAUCUCCUCCUCCCGGAGCCACUGCACAUGGCUAAUCCUCUCCCUCCUCUCUCUCCAGCUCAUCCUCUUCGUCACUCUCCGAUCCAUCCCUUUCCCCCACCGUCACUCCCCUGCAAACUUCCCUUCACCCGCCGUCUCCGUCUCCAUCUCCGACGAGCCUCUCUCAACCCGAAUCCGACCCGAACCCGACAUCUCCGGGCGAUGCGAUUCGGGUCGGGUUUUCGUCUACGACAUGCCGAAGAUCUUCAACGAAGUGAUUCUGCAACAGUGCGACAAUCUCAACCCGUGGAGCUCUCGCUGCGACGCGCUCUCCAACGACGGAUUCGGCAGAGAAGCUACGUCGUUGAAAGGUGUGAUCCCUGACGGUUUAGUCCCUUCGUGGUUUUGGACCGAUCAAUUCGUCUCGGAGAUCAUCUUCCACAACCGGAUUCUCAACCACCGGUGCCGGACUUCUGAUCCGGAAUCCGCUACGGCGUUCUACAUCCCGUUCUACGCUGGACUCGCCGUCGGUCAAUAUCUCUGGUCCAAUUACGCGGCGGCUGAUCGUGAUCGUCAUUGUAAAAUGAUGACUGAGUGGGUCCGUGAUCAGCCUUACUGGAACCGAUCCAACGGUUGGGAUCAUUUCAUGACCAUGGGACGCAUCACAUGGGAUUUUCGCCGCACUCGGGACGACGAUUGGGGAUCUAACUGUAUCUACAUUCCGGGGAUGCGCAACAUCACGCGCCUCCUCAUUGAGCGAAACUCUUGGGAUCAUUUCGACGUCGGUGUGCCGUACCCAACUGGAUUCCACCCUCGAUCGGAUUCUGAUGUUCUCGAUUGGCAGGAUUUCGUCCGGAAUCGCCGUCGCGAGACGCUUUUCUGUUUCGCCGGAGCGCCGCGCGCCGGAAUCGAGCACGAUUUCAGGGGAAUUCUACUCCGUCACUGCGAGGAGUCGCGUGGGGCUUGCCGUACGGUGGAUUGUACCGGCGGACGAUGCUCGAACGGCUCGUCGGCGAUUCUGGAGACGUUUCUCGGGUCCGAUUUCUGCCUCCAGCCUCGAGGAGAUAGCUUCACGCGCCGGUCGAUUUUCGACUGCAUGAUAGCCGGUUCGAUUCCGGUUUUCUUCUGGCGAAGAACCGCAUACAUGCAGUAUCAGUGGUUUUUGCCGAACGAACCGGAUAGUUACUCGGUUUACAUAGACCGGAACGAGGUGAAAAACGGCACGACGUCUAUAAGGGAAGUGUUGGAACGGUACAGCAAAGAAGAUGUGAGGAGGAUGAGGGAAAGAGUGAUCGAUUUGAUACCAAAUUUGGUUUACUCGAAGUCUCCGAACGGUUUAGAGACUUUCAAAGACGCAUUCGAUGUGGCGGUAGAUGGAGUUUUUAGGAGAUUCAAGGAGCAAGAGAAUUGGUACAAAUGGAGAUGA